AUGUUCAGUAGAAAUACAGAGGACCUCAUUAUUAAAGUCAGCUCAUUCAAGAAAAAAACACAUCGCAGCAAAUCUUUUGAUUAUCCAUCAAGAUUACUUGAACUAGAGAAAGAUCUAGAUGUGUUCAGCUCCAAACAAAACCGCUCAAACAAUGGCAACAAAUCAAGUAGUAAACCUUCCAAAUCAGCUGGGCGAACUGCAAGACGUGAAUCUGCCAUUACUGUGCCAACAUUUUUAGAACCUCCAACAGCUCGGCAGAGGAGAGGUUCUCUACAGUUGCCUUUCUUCUCUAAAAAUGAUGGCAACUCCGGGGUGAAAUUCCCUGAUGACACUUUUGGAAGUUUACGUGGAAAUAAAAGAAGUAAUUUAUCCAUUGAUGAUACGUUUUAUGCUUCCUCCAUCAGUCCUGGAGGAACUCUUGGAUUCAGUGAAGGCAAGAAAAUCAAGUCUCAGAAUAAACUAAGUAAUUUAUUCAGUCCACAGAUAAAGUUUCCAAUUUUUCUUGUACUUUGUCAACAACAAUCUGCAUUAUAA